AACAGCAGCAGCAGCAGCAGCAUCUCCCCAGGCAGAUGGGCCAAGGCCAGAGGAAUCCAUACCCCCAAGUCAAUCAGUACCAAGGUGCUCCUCAGGAUCUGGCCUCAAGGAGCCAGGCUCUCCAGAACAUCCGGGCCGCCCGUCUCCUACAGCAGCAGCAGCAGAACCAGCAGCAGAUGGUCCAGAUGGGUUCUGUCCAGGGUCAGGGGGGCUCCGUGGGACCCCAGACUGACAUGGGUCUACCCUACGGCAACCAGGGGUCCAGCCAGGGUUCCCUGUACGGGCUCAACCCCUCCAUGAGCCAAAUGAUCCAUCAGCAGCAGCAUCAGAGCCAAAGUGUCCAAGCCUCCAUGGGUCUUCCACCGCAGCACAACCCGGCCGGGGGGCCGCCCCGGCAGGCAGUUGCAGGUCCUGGGGUCGGAGGGAUGCCCGGAGGUCCCGGAGGUGGUGGAGCCGGAGGGUACGGAGGCCAGGGGAUGUUAAUGAACUCGAUGACACAGCAAUCCCUGAAAGGACCCCCGAAUGCCAAAGCCCAAGCACAGAGACUGCAAAGCAUGCUGGGAGCAGGAGCAGGAGGCGGGGGGAUGGCGGCGGGUGGCUGGCCACAGCAGCAAGGACAGAGUCUGCAGUCCUUGGGGGGAGGAAUCGGAAGGACUACAGGAGGAGGGGGAGGGGACAUGGUGGGGUUCAGGUCUGCCCAGGGUUAUGGGAUGCAGCCGGGUCAACCCCAGGGCAUGGCCAAGCAACACUUUCAGGGUCCGGGCCAGGGCAUGAGCCAGGGAAUGGACCCCAGGGUGGGCAACCCAGCGGCGGGGAUGGGCGGCCCAAUGAUGGGCCCUCACAUGGGCGGUCAGCCAAGGACCAACCUGCCCCGGCCAAUGGUCAUGAACCAGGGAAUGAACCAGGGGGUGAUGGGCCAGGGGAUGAGUGGGAUGGGGGGAUUCGGCCCGGGCCCUGGGGGGCCUGGGAUAGGGACAGGGGGAGGAGGAGGUGGACCCUACGGACCAGGGGGAGUCGGGGUGGGAGGUCAGCCACCGGGCUACCAGAGGACAGCGAAUCAGGACAUGUCAUCCUAUGGAUAUGGGGGCGGGCCCUCAGGGGGAGGAGCCUUCGGAUUGGGCGAUGGCUCAGGGGCGGAGCUGGACUCAAGCGAUGGUUGGAUGGAGGAGUUUUUCCCAAACCAAUAG